UACAUCUUUGAGUGUUGGUUGGUCGUGUACGUCUUUGAAUUUGUUUACAGUGGGAUGGACAUGUGGCAUUGUUGUUGUUUUGAUGUCAAGCAUUUAGAUCAGAUAGACUUGUAUGACACAACGAUUCCCUGUAUUUAUACAACUACGUCGAUUAGUAGCGUCAACCCUGAAGCUUAAUACACUCGAUGUGAAAACGAUUAUGGCUAGUACAUGUGUAGAACCGAACACGGAAGCAAAAGAAAAUAUUGUAACCAUAGAAGAAGGGCAGGCAAAAGUUAUUAUUGAGUCAACAAACAACGUAUUUUAUAAUCCGGUUCAGCAGUUUAAUAGGGAUAUAAGUACUGCUGUUCUAACCUUACUUGCGAACGAAAGGUUGGAAAAGCAGGGUCCACAAGAAAGUCAGCCACAAGCGGGAAUCAGAUACGAGAAUGGUAUAAGAGUCUUGGAAGCUCUUUCUGCAACCGGUCUGCGAAGCAUUCGCUAUGCUAAAGAAGUUCCAGGGGUAAAAGAGGUAGUGGCCAAUGAUAUUAGUGAGAAAGCUGUCAAAAGCAUUCGGACAAAUGUAGCUCAUAAUGGAGUAGAGGAACUGGUGACUACAACACAAUCUGAUGCGGGCAUGCUGAUGUACCAACACAAGCAUCCAAAAGACAGAUUUGAUGCUAUUGACCUUGACCCAUAUGGGUGCCCUUCUCAGUUCUUAGAUUCAGCUGUACAGUCAGUAGCUGAUGGUGGCCUUCUGCUUGUCACUAGCACUGACAUGGCUGUUCUUGCCGGAAACACACCAGAGACUUGUUAUGUGAAAUAUGGUGCUGUAUCUCUCAGGAUACGAGCAUGUCAUGAGAUGGCACUGAGGAUACUACUGCAGUGUAUUGAAGCCCACGCAAAUCGUUAUGGACGAUACAUUGUCCCUCUCCUCUCACUUAGUGUUGAUUUCUAUAUCAGAGUAUUUGUCAGGGUAUUCACUGGUCCUGUUCACUGCAAACGAACAACGAGCAAGCUGGCAAUGGUAUUCACUUGCGUGGGAUGUGAGUCAGUCACUUUGCAGCCCUUGGGUCUUGUUCAUCAACAUCCGGAAAAGCCACACAUUGACAAGUUCUCUCUUCCAAGUGCACCUUCUGUUGGUGUAACAUGUGAACACUGUGGCCAUAAACAUAGAAUUGGGGGUCCUGUUUGGAGUGCCAACAUACAUGACAUGGACUUCGUAUCAAAGCUAGAGACCAUUGUACAAGAACGUGAAUUUGGUACCAAAAAGCGAAUGCAGGGUAUGUUGGCUCUAGUGAGCGAAGAAUUACCGGAUGUUCCAUUGUAUUAUACAGUAGACAAAUUGUGUUCUACUAUUCGCUCAGAAACAAUGUCUCUUCUUCAUUUCAGGUCUGCAUUGCUAAAUGCAGGUUAUCGAGUAUCUUUGUCCCAUGCUCACAAAAACUCUGUGAAGACUGAUGCUCCAGUUUCUUUUCUGUGGGAUGUAAUGCGGGCUUGGGAGCAGGUUCAUCCAGUUCGUAGGGAUCGACUACCGUCUCAUGCAGCAGCUAUACUUUCCCGUACACCUGCAGCAACAAUCUCAUUCAAUCUGCAUGAGAAGGCUAAUCCAGAAUCUCGCCAGUUGGGUCUUGUACGCUUCCAGGAAAACCCACAGCGAUACUGGGGCCCAGGCACUCGUGCCAAAGCAAGCUUACCCUCUGAAGAGUUACCAAAACGGAAGAAAAAUCAAGGAAAGAGAAAUCGAUCAGUGUCUACUAGUCCAUCAGGCAAACACUUCAGAGACGAUGCUUCAGUGUCUAUGUAAGAAAAGAUGGAAAGGUAGUUUUAAAAACAAUGUACUGCAUCUGUUUUGCCAGAUGUAACUACUGUAUCUCACAAGAUAGCAUGUGCCUGGAAAUAAAGAGUGCCUUUCUCUGUCCAUUA